AUGACCAACGGUGGACGUAAACAAAUUAAGAAAGUAGACUUGCAGAUUUUGCCUUCAUCAGCUGGUUCAGCAUCACUCAACCUACUGCCAUCUGUUAAAUAUACCAAUCACCAAACACAACUAAGUGAAGAAGGAGAAGUCGUCGAGAAAGCCAUCGUUCGGUGUGUUGGAGUCCUGUUUUUCAUCGGAAUGGCGUCUACAAACUCUACAACAUGGACUGUUUGGAUCUGUCGUCUGAUAAUGGCAUUUCUGGCUUCAGCGUCACUGUUUAUACCCACUAUCCGUAAACUCUUACUCUUACCUAAUAGUGUAACGGCCAGCUCUCCGAUUGAUUGUGGAAUCAAACUUUCUGGGUUACCCGAUCUUAGUUUAUCUUUUAUCAACCCACGAUUAUUUGAUGAUGUUAGUUUCCAUCCAUGUGUUAGAUAUAGACGAUGGGAAUCAGAAAGAGUUCUUUCGUUCAUUCCGCCUGAUGGAAAUUUUCGAUUAAUGUCUUACACUAUUGGUGCACAAAAUAUAGUUUCAAUCCCUAUAUUUGUAAGACAUCUGAUUUCAUUCCGAGAAGUUGGAGGAGGCAAAAUGGAAAUACGAGUUGGACCAAAGCAAACUAAUGGAAGAACGCUUGAUGGAGUUGUAUUGGAGAUUCCGAUGCCAAAGACGGUCUUGAAUGUAAACCUUUCACCGAACCAAGGAAAAUACUCAUUUGAUCCAGUAUCUAAGCUAUUGGUUUGGGAAAUAGGAAGAAUAGAAACUGGUAAAAUUCCAAUAAUUUUUGGCUAUCUUUAGCUUGGAACAGAACUAUCCUUUUGGACACUUCUUUGCGACUAUUUGCUUAAUAAAAGCACUAGACAUUGCAUCUCUUUUCAAACUGAUACAACAAGCUUCCAAAUGGUGAUAUUGAAUUGAUUCAGCUUGAGCUUGAUCGCUGUACACGAAUAUCUUAAUCAAAUGGAUAAUUUACUCGUCAAAGCAGUAAAUAAUUAUUGUCGAUGUUUCUUUAAAGUGGUAAAAGGAUUGGACUCUUGGUUUGUUUUAAAGCUUAAAAUUGGCGAACUUACAGGGAACCUUUACUUUAUUCCACAUGUGUAAAGUAUGGUCCUCAUGAGUAAAGCGUCCAAUAAAAGAUGUUCUUUAAACAUCCAAUUAUAAAUCAAUUGAAAUUCUGGCUGUUCAACAAAUGAACAAACAAAUUAAUUGAGACAUUAACAGAUUUAAUAAACAAAUUUUAUUUUGAAAAAUC